GAACCACUUCAUGCUGUCUGUCUCCAAGAGGUCACCUCGGUUACACUGCAACAGUUCCAACAACUGCUGAAAGACGACUACUGGAUUUUCAGUCCCACGGAUAAUCCGUUCGGUGAUUGUGCACACUAUUUCGUUGUGCUCCUGAUUCGGCGCCAUCCCGCGAUCGAUGUAGACCAAUCUAGUUUUCGCGUUCAUAACUAUCCGAAUUCCACCAUGGGUCGUCAACUGGUCUGGAUCGAUCUGACUAUUCAUUGUGACAAACUGACCAGCAACCGUAUCUCUUCCACAAUCACUGUGCGUCUAUUCACCUCACAUUUGGAAAGUUGUCGAGAGAGUUCGAAGAAACGAAAAGAUCAAUUGAGCUACGCGUGGUCACGGAUGAUCCAGUUUGGUUCCACGUCUAAUUCUGUCAACAACAACCGGCCUGGUCCUCGUGCGGCCAUUUUCUGUGGUGAUUUAAAUUUGAGAGAUACUGAGGUGCAAGAACUGGGUGGCCUUCCGGCAGGCAUUGAAGAUGCCUGGCAGGUGACCGGUAGUCGACCGGAAUUGCGCAACACAUGGGACCCUCAACGGAACACAAAUGCAAGUCGCUUGGGUUUUGGCGGACGUGGACCACAUGGGAGAUCAUUCACAUUUCGUUACGAUCGGAUGUAUGUGCAUGGCUCUUGCUUACGACCGGUGGACUUUGGUUUACGGGGCUUGGAACGAGUACCGGGAACGCGAUGUUUUCCAUCCGAUCAUUGGGGUAUUCUGGGUCGUUUUCAACCGGGCUCAGCUUGA